UCGACUGUUCGGACGUCCUCAGUUCCAAUCGCAUUCGCAGUCCGGCUUCCGCGUGUUCUCGUGCAUCCAGCGCGCCAUUCAAGAUACGACCCAAAGAUACUUUCGCAUCCAUUGGGACUCUGGUUCAGACUCGCGUUCAGAUUCAGAUUCAGUCGUUUGGCGUUCCUCCGAGAUGCCGGUUCGCGUAUCGCGCUGCGGGCUCCGUUACAAUGAUUCGAUGGUAAAUAAUGCCCACAAAGAACCGGUCGCGAAGUGUUAAGUCCAUCAAGAGUAUCUCGAAGAUAGCAAAUAAGGCGGUCAGCAGUCGGACAUUUAUCCAGAAAUACACUCCAUCUAUACAGCAUCGGGACAACAGAGAUCUGCCAAAAUGAUGGCGCUCGACGGCAAGGCGAUAAUUAAGGAGGAGAUUACCGACAAGGACGCUUACGACGCAGCGGCAGCGGCGGCGGCGGCGGUGGCAGCUGGAGCAGCUCUGGCGGUGGCCACGGCAGCAGCUGUCCAAGUGCCGCCCGCGUCAUCCUCGGCGGGAUCAGCGUCAGCGGCAGCAGCGGUGGCCACCAACAGCACAACAUCGGCGGCAGCCACGGCGGCAGCAAUUAGUCGUCGGCUUAAAGGUGACAGCAGUGGCGGCGACAAGAGCUCCUCCUCUUCAUCGAGCAGCAAGGACAGCAGCCACAGCAGCAGGAGCGAACGGGACAGGGAGAGGGAAAGGGACCGCCUGUGCCGCACUCCGCCGGAUUCUCCGCCGGACAGCUCGCGCAGCCUGGCCCCCCGCUCGCCACACUCCCCCCUUCAGUUGCACCAGCGGCCGCAGCGCAACGCCAGCGUCUCUCCAGUGGUCAAUGGCUCCUCUGGCGUUGGAUCCUCCGGCACUUCACCGACGCCCACGCCGGGCAGUCAGCAUGCCGCCUCCUUGGCCGCAGCCGCUGCCGCCGCAGCAGCAGCACAUGUCGAGCAGGCGCGGCUAGUUUCCAAGAUGCGCAAGUUCCUGGGCGCCCUGGUUCAGUUCUCACAGGAACUGGGACAACCGGAAGUAAGUGAGCGGGUUCGCGCCCUGGUGCUUUCGCUCUGCUGUGGCAACAUUUCCGUGGAGGAGUUCCGGCUAGCCCUGCAGGAGGCCAUCAAUCUCCCACUGCGGCCGUAUGUCGUUCCGUUGCUGAAGAAUAGCAUUGCGCUGGUCCAGCGGGAGGUUUUGGCCCUGGCCAGAGCCACCAACCAGUCCGCCCUGCAGUAUGUUACCAACAACGAGCAGGCGGUGAUGGAGUUUGCGCCUCACGGAGUAGCCAGUACCGAGUUCGGCGAUAUAUUCAUCCAGCUGGAGGCGCCCACAUCGAACGGGAGCAGUGCGGUCUUCAAGCGUCGCUCCUCGGACUCAAUGAUGGAGCACGGCGGUCACAAUGGCCUGCAAGAGUGGAGCGAGUACAUGGCCAGUGGGGGAGCGGGCUAUCCGCCGCCUCCCAGCAAGCGCCUGAACCUGCACCCUGCACACUCGGUAGUAGCCUAUGGGGAUUAUGGUGUUUCCUCUGCGGAGGGACUCCCUUCGGCAGCCGCCUUCAUGCAGCGGGACGAACGCGAUCUGCGGAUGACCGAGGCACAGGCCAGACACGCUGCUCCUCCCCAGAGAACUGGAAAUCCCAACCCGAACCCCAACCCCAACCCCACUUCAGCCGCUCCUGGAGCUCCGGGAGCGGGUGGCGAGGAGGAGUGGAAGAACAUCCACACCAUGCUCAACUGCAUCUCCGCGAUGGUGGACAAGACGAAGCGGGCCAUCACUAUUCUCCAGCAGCGUGGCAUAGAGCCACAGCAUCCCAACAGUGGUCAAGAGGUCACGCCUGCUGCCAUGGCGGAACUGCGUCGUCAGACGGAGGAAAAGGUCGCCGAGUUCAAGCGGAAUGCCGAGGAUGCCGUCACACAGGUGAAACGCCAGGCCGUCAUCGAAAUCCAGAGGGCAGUGGUGGCUGCCGAGACUCGAGCGGCGGAGAUCAUGACCCAGGAACGCCUGCGCAUGGAGAAGUUCUUCAUGGAGAUGAGUCGGCAUUCCAGCGGAGAACGUGAUCUGGACAACAAGUCGCCGUCAAUGGCCACUGCUCAGAAUGGCAGCAAUCUGCAGCAGCAGUGCUGGAACUGCGGCCGCAAGGCCACGGAAACCUGCUCCGGAUGCAACAUGGCACGCUAUUGCAGCGCCUCGUGUCAGUACAGGGAUUGGGAUAGCCACCAUCAGGUGUGUGGCAAUUCACGGGCCAGUGAGCUGAGCGCAAAGCACCUUCACUCCGCCAGCAGUCUGCGCAGUGCGAUGGCCACCCGAUCACCCCCCACACCCAACUCAGCGGCUCAUCUGCAGGCGGCGGCAGUUGCUGCGGCUGCUGCUGCAGGCGCCCGUGAAGCGGUCAGUGCUCCAGGUCCAGGUCCUGGAUCGGGAGUAGCUGGCGGUGGAGGCGCGGGAAGCGGCGGCCCCUCAGUUGGAGGAGGAGGCGGCGGGGGAGGUGGCGGAGGAGCCUCGGCAGCCGCAGUCGCUGCAGCCACUCCAGGCUCUUUGGUGGCCAAUGGGUUGGGCUCCAAAUGACGCAUUCGCAUGAUGAAACCCAAGAAGAAGUACUUGUGCUAGUCAAAUUAAAGGGGGUGAACCGCGGAAACCAUAUUCACACUUACACUUAUGCAGCUAAUAUAGAGUUAUCCAAAAACCAAAAACGAGAAGCAGCAUCGUCACCUAAAGACACAAAACUAGAUGAUGCUUACUCCAAAAACGCAUAAAUAGAUACAGAUUGAUGUGCAUUUUCACUAGAGUUUAUACAUUUCGAUGUUUCCAGCAGAAAACCAUUAACGAACGGGUUGAAGGGUAUAAUUAGAGGGGUUAAAUUCCUUAGAAGAAUCCAAACUUAAUUACUCAUAAAAUACACUUUAGGGAGUUUGUCCUACCAUUCUCAACCUGUGACUUAAUAAAUGUACGGAAAUUCCAUUUUACCAUCAGCACUUUCACAGAUAAAAACAGAUAAAUAUUAUUAACACUAUGUGCACAUUAAUAAAGAUUACAUAAGCAAGUAAAUUCAGUAAAGAUGAAGCAGUAAAAUUCUGUAAGUAAGCAACCCAAAGCGAGUAAAAACAAAAACUGAACAUAGUAGAUUUUAUUAAUACAAUACAGUAUAUACUACUACGGAUAUGAUUAUGAUUAUGAUUAUGAUUACGAUUAUGGCUAAUUUAUUGAUGAGUUUAAUUUAUUGAUUAGUAUUUAUUGUACUCCCUAAACUAAAACGUAAAUGUACUUUUAUCAUAAACAAAUACCAAGUAAAUGUUAAACCUACAAACCAAGGCUUCAAGGCUACGACAAAGAAAACCCAAGAAAUAAAGUGUUUUAAACCAAA